AUGACGAUCCUUGUCUUUCUGGCGAUAAGCUCGUACAAUAUAAUCCAUCUGGCCUCGAUAGAGGAACUUGUACGAGGACUCAGGGAUGAGCAUCCCAGCCACCCCGUCAAUUGCGGCCACACCAAAGAAUCCGCCAAGGCGGCGGGCUGCGUUUACGACAUCAUGAUGGUCGGAUGGGUGGCCCCGGGCUGCAUCGACCCGUACGUCCUGUCAGACGCGCUCUCGCCAAAUUCGUCGCUGGCAGGCGUCAAGGGCGCGGGGACCUUCAACUUCUCCCUCAACUACGACUUCACCGAGCUUAUACCGCAGGACGUCGACGUCAUCAGCCAGCACGACUGGAUUUUUGCCAACUGGGAGUUCCACAAGGCGCACUGCGCGUACGUCUGGCGUAUUCUCGCCAGCGCGCUCGAGCGCAAGAGCAAGGGGGAGAAGGGUGUCUACAUUUACAGGACGCUUUUGACUUAUGAGCACUCGCUCCACUGCAGCAAGGUGCUUUUGGAUCGGGAGAAGAGCUUGCUGGAGCCUACCAAAAUGCAAGCUGGGGGUACCAACCGUUGUGUUUUGCUUUGA